UCGACCCGGAUCCUGAAGGCCCAAAUAUUCUUUAAAACCCUAACCCUAAUAAACCCAGUAGCUCAGCAUUGCACAAGUCUCAUUCGUUCCCGCUGCAGGCCGCAUCAAAACGAAAAACGAAGGAGGGAGAAAUUUCUGCAGAGAAAUUCAAUCAUGGGUAAGGUUCACGGUUCACUUGCUCGUGCCGGAAAAGUGAGAGGCCAAACACCAAAGGUGGCCAAGCAGGACAAGAAGAAGAAGCCCCGUGGUCGCGCUCACAAGCGUAUGCAGUACAAUCGCCGAUUCGUCACUGCCGUUGUGGGAUUCGGCAAGAAGAGAGGACCAAACUCAUCUGAGAAGUAAGAUCGAGGCUUGAAGAAUUAUGUUCAUUAGCUUCGAAAAUAUGUUAUGAAUCUUAAUUUUGUUUUCAUCUUUUUUUUCGGAGUUAGUUUUUUUUAAUAUUGUGAUCUGUGAACGGUUUUUGUGUUAGUUAAAUAUGUAACUGGAUUAUUUUGCAUA